AUGACCUGGGUUCCGCAGCCUCCUCCGCAGGAACAGUGCUUCGACGCCCUGAACACCGCUCUCAAGCUCGGCGCGAAUUUCUGGAACGCCGGCGAGCUCUACGGUACCCCGGAAUACAACUCCCUCCACCUGCUCAACAAGUACUUCACGGCGCACCCCGAUAAGGCCAACGAGGUCGUUCUCAGCAUCAAAGGCGGCCUGAAGGUCGGCCAACUCGCGCCGGACGGCUCGGAGGCAAACAUCCGGCGCAGCGUGGACGAGUGUCUGCGGGUGCUGGAUGGGAAGAAGACGAUUGACAUUUUCGAGUGUGCGCGGCAAGACCCCAACACGACCGUCGAGCAGACGGUCACGAUUCUUGCGCAGUUGAAGAAGGAGGGUAAGAUCGGUGGUAUUGGCCUCAGCGAGGUGGAUGCGGACACCAUCCGGCGAGCACACAAGGUCCACCCCAUCGCAGCAGUCGAAGUCGAGCUCUCCCUCUUCGACACGACCAUUCUCAAGAAUGACGUCGCAAAGACCUGCGCGGAGCUCAACAUCCCCGUUGUCGCGUAUUCCCCCUUGGGCCGUGGCGUGUUGGCGGGCGCCUUCACAAGUGCGUCUGAGAUCCCCGACGGCGACUUCCGCAAGAUCUUGCCCAAGUUCCAGGACGAGGCCAUGAAGCAGAACAUCAAGCUCGUGGACGAGGUCCGGGACCUGGCGGCGCGCAAGGGCGUCGCGCCGGUCCAGAUCGCGCUCGCUUGGAUCUUGACCCUCAGCGGUCGGCCGGGAAUGCCCACCAUCAUCCCCAUCCCCGGUGGUACUACGUCCGACAAGGUCACGCAGAAUUUGCAGGGCGUGCCUCGUCUGACGGAUGAGGAGAUGGCGGAGAUUGAUGCUAUUUUGGACAAGAACGAGGUCGUGGGUGCGCGGUACUGA